UCAUCGAUAAGUUCUGCCGAAAGUGGUAAAACGAAAACAACACAAGAUAAAUUCUGCAAACACAGUUGCUUUUGAUUUUUGCUUUCCUGUUUUGUUGCUUUUCAAUAGCAUACAAUUUUUUCCGAGAACAGCAGGUCAUUACAUUUCGGAUACUACCGAAAAAUCCUGCAAAACCACUAGUCGCAGUACUUAUCGAACUGAGAUCGUUCGUCUCUAGCGACUAAAAAAACUAAUUUCACAAAAUUGCGUUGUAUUUACGCUGUUAAAUUUGCAAACAAUAUUUCGCUGGCCAAACAAUACUUAAUGCAAGGAUUUCGGUAAAAGGACUUCAGCAGCAAGCCUAAGCAAUUAGUGGCACUGUGUGUCCGAGGGCAUUCGUUUGCGCAAAUAAAUUUGUACCCAGAAGACAGUUUUCGCAACAACAAACACAACAACAAAAGCAGCCGCGAAAAACGUGUGUGCGCGUGUUGAAAGCAACUAUUAUAUAUUUUGUAUAAAUUUCGGACGACAACAGUCCAAGAUGCCCAAACGCGGUGGCGGUGGUGGCCGCGGGUACAACAACAAUGUCGGCAAUGGCGGCGGACGUUACUCGGCUCUUGAGGAUUUCGAUGAAGUGGAGGACCGCCAAAGGCGUAAGGAUCGCAACAAGCGCCGCGUCAGCUUCAAGCCAUCACAAUUCCCGCACAACAAAAAGGAUAUCAAGCUGCGUCCUGAGGAUCUGCGUCGCUGGGACGAGGAUGACGAGAUGAACGAAAUGACAUCAGCCGCCAAGUCUCUUAUGAUAUCUUCCCAGGACCGACCCACCUCUCGUCGUCGAGGAUCGCCCAUUCCGCGUGGCAAGUUCGGCAAACUGAUGCCCAACAGCUUUGGCUGGUACCAAAUCACGCUCCAAAAUGCACAGGUUUACGAGAAGGAGAAGCUACUGCGAGCCCUUUUGGCCGCAAUGUCGCCGCAUGUCUUCAUUCCGCAGUAUUGGCGCGAGGAGCGCAACUGCGUCAUCUUCUUCACCGACGAUUAUGAGGUCGCCGAGCGAAUCCAGCACCUCGGAAGGCACGCCCAACUCCCGGACGGCUAUCGAUUGAUGCCGCGCGUGCGCAGCGGAAUACCACAGGUGGCCCUCGAUGACGCGCUCAAGGAGAAGAUGAAGACGACCAUGGCCAAGCGGUACAACGCGCAGACCAAGGCCCUCGAUCUCUCCCGAUUCCACGCCGAUCCCGAGUUCAAGCAGAUCUUCUGCCCGCUCUUCCGCCCGAACGUAAUGAGCGCCGCCAUCGACAUCAUCAGCGAUAACAUACCCGACCUGGAGGCCAUCAACCUGAAUGACAACUGCAUGGCCAGCAUGGAGGCCUUCAAGAGCAUCGAGAAGCGCAUUCCGAACCUCAAGAUCCUCUAUCUGGGGGAUAACAAGAUACCAUCAUUGGCACAUCUGGUCGUUUUCCGCAACUUAUCCAUCAUGGAGCUGGUACUGAAGAACAAUCCGUUACGUUCGCGCUACAAGGACUCUCAGCACUUUAUCAGCGAAGUACGUCGCAAGUUCCCCCACCUUCUGAAGUUGGACGGAGAGGUCCUGGCGCCCCAGGUCACUUUUGAUCUAGCCGAGCAGGGGAGAAUCAUCGACACGAAGUCAUGCUACCUGUGCGACAACUCUGGCGCCGAGGUGGUGCGCCAGUUCCUGGACCAGUACUUCCAGAUCUUCGACUCGGACAGCCGCCAGUCCCUGCUGGAUGCCUACCACGAGCAGGCGAUGCUCUCCAUCACAAUGCCGUCGGCCAAUCAGGCGGGCAGCAGGCUGAACAGCUUCUGGAAGUUCAACCGCAACCUGCGUCGUCUGAUGAACGGCGAUGACCACCGCAUCCGUCAUCUCAAAUACGGACGCCUGGCCUGCGUUUCCACUUUGGACGAGUGGCCAAAGACGCUGCACGAGCGUCGCACCUUUACCGUCGACCUCACAAUUUACAACCCCUCGAUGAUGGUGUUCACGGUGACGGGAUUGUUCAAGGAGCUGACCGGCGAGGCCAGGACUCCGGCCUCGAUGCAAUCGUACGAGCUGCGCCACUUUGCGCGCACCUUCGUGGUGGUGCCGCAGAACACGGGCUACUGCAUCCGCAACGAGACGAUCUUCAUCACGAACGCCUCGCACGAGCAGGUGACCGAGUUCAAGCGCUCGCAGCACCAGCCAGCUCCCGGGGCCAUGCCCUCCACCUCAGCGGCAGCGGCGACCUCCGCGCAGCCAGGAACAUCCCUGCAGGGCCGCCUCAAUCCGGGCGGCGUGGGCGUGGCCACAGGUCCAGUGGCCAUUCUGCCAGCCGGUCCACUUACCGCAGCUACACCGGUAGUCAAUAGUGUUCCGAGUGCUCCAGUGGCAGUUGCACCGGGUGCUCCCGCGGGGAUUCCGGAUGAGAACACCAAGAUGCAGAUGAUCCAGGCGAUGAGUACCCAGAGCCAAAUGAAUGUGGAGUGGAGUCGCAAAUGCCUCGAAGAAACGAAUUGGGACUACAACCAUGCGGCCUUCGUGUUCGAGAAGCUCUUCAAGGAGAACAAAAUUCCGCCAGAGGCUUUUGUUAAGUAAGGCUCAAGCUGUUGGUUGAUCAGAGGGAGUCGCCUCUGCUCCCCAAAGAGGAAAGAGCAGAGCCAAGUGCCACUUACAGAGAAUCAAGUGUUUUGUUUAUUUGUUUUCGUUUGUAAUUAUCUUACAACUUUCCUUGAAAUUGCAUCCAUCAAGUAAAAUUGAAAAAAAGUAAAGAAGGUGUGCGCACAAGUGAGCAGCAGCGAUCUUGUGCCACAGGAAUCCUUUGAUAGCCCUUUGAUAGAUAUAAUUAAGUCGAUUUAGGUUCCGUUCGCAGACCCGCUGGCCUACAUUAAAAGUUUACCGCCAGGAAGAGUCUGCGAUCGGAUUAAACCAUAAGGCUUUUGAACUGUUUUAGCACCUAAGCACACACAAACACAUACACACACAAAGCAAAUUAUGUAUUCAACAAUGUUGUCAAUACAAAAACAAAGAAAAAUUAUUAUUUUUUUAUACAGAAAUAAACCACAUGUUAAACGAGCCACCAAGGUUUUCCUGCCCACAGUUCUAUAUAUUAUAAAUACAAUUAUGUCGUAUCCCGCUUCCCCAAUCCCCCAAAGUAGCCUUAAAUUUUUGUAUGCCAAGACCAUUAAGCAUAAACCAGACUUUUUUUUGUGCGAGUAAAAGCGUUUAGUAAUAGAGAACUUGGACAAGCAAUAAACCAUUGUGUACAUUUUGUAGCGACUCAAAAACGGA